UCCAGACGUGUGCUCUUGAUUGGUGACAGCCGUGGCUAAUACGGAAAUAGUUGUAACGCGACGAAAAAAAGCAUUAAUAGCCUAAUUUUUUAAACCGAAUACAUAUUUACUGCUUUCCAAAAUGUCUCGACAGUCCAACCGCACAACAGACAGCAAGAAGAUGAAUUCUGAGUUAUUCACACUGACCUACGGAGCUUUGGUCACUCAAUUAUGCAAAGACUACGAAAAUGAUGAGGAGGUUAACAAACAACUGGACAAAAUGGGUUACAACAUCGGAGUACGUCUCAUCGAGGACUUCCUGGCACGCUCCAGCGUCGGCAGGUGUCAGGAUUUCCGAGAAACUGCUGAUGUCAUCGCUAAGGUGGCGUUUAAAACCUACCUGGGGGUCACCCCCAGCGUAACCAACUGGAGCCCGGCCGGAGACGAAUUCUCGCUCAUUUUGGAGAGCAACCCGCUGGUGGACUUUGUGGAGCUGCCUGAUAAUCACAACACGCUCAUCUACUCCAACCUGUUGUGUGGUGUCCUCAGAGGAGCGCUGGAGAUGGUCCAGAUGGCUGUGGAUGUGAAAUUUGUCCAGGACACCCUGAGGGGGGACAAUGUGACAGAAAUCCGUAUGAAGUUUAUCAAGAGGAUUGAAGAGAACCUCCCCGCAGGAGACGAGUGACAGACUGACAAGAGUCGAAAUUCUGCAUCAUCAGCAACAGUUUACAGACUGGAAGAGACAGUUGAGAUUGACUCAAGACAACACUGAUGUGUGACCCUGCUAUGCUAUGGAUAAAAAAGUACGCUUACAUUUUAUCUUCAAGUGCAGGUUAGAGGGGGCUGGCUUUUCCCCCCACUUUGAAACACAAUGAAAAAA